AGGACAUCUGUCAAAGGGUAAGCAGCACGUUAACAGUAUCCGACCCUGAACAAAAAACCCCCUAACUUAUCUGUCAAUACUUCGAAUUACAAACAUUAUCAUUUCGAUUACCAUGGUCAUAAGUCUUGCAAUGUAAGCAAUUCUUUUCUAAUGAACUACAUUUAUGAUUUCUAAAAAGUUCUGUUAUUGCAUUUAAGAAAUUCAUUUGAAGUCUUUCUGGAGCACUGAUAUUGUGAGAUUUGACAAUUCUGCACGUUUUUGAGUUUUUUUAUUUGGUUAAAUCUAGUUCAAUUUUUAUUUCAAAAUUACUUUUUUCACUUUUACCAUAUGUUUAAUUGAGUUGGAACAUUACCUUUUUCGAUGACCUUUAGUUAGUCUUUUGGAUUUAGCACAAGAAAUUUGACCGCGCCACAAUACUUGAGUUGGAAAACUGACACAGUUAACCAAAUGUAAAGAAAAAAUUUAGGCUAUAUGCCACUAAGUUGGGGCUUAUCGCCGAUAAAGUCUUGCAGAUUACGAUUUGGCGAUAGCAUGCGGCAACUUGGCGGGUUUAUGGUUUGAUGACCAGCGGUUAGAUUAAGCUUUAUGUCGGCAUAUAUCUUAUUACCGCAAGGUAAAUAAACAUUUAUAACAAUGAUGCUUACCUUAAAAAAAAAAAAAAAAUAUUGAAAAAAAAAACCCGAAAACAAUAACUAUAAAUCGAAAAGAACAGUUUUAGCAGCACAAUAUUUCGGUUCCCAACCAACUUAAUUUCGCUUUUUAAAUAAAAUACAGCACCGAAUUUAAAAGAACAAUGCGAUGCUAUUGUAAAUUACAUACAGCAUAGAACUAAAUGUCGUAGUGAAUCAUAAUUGAAAAAUCAAACCUGAAGAAAAUUAAAUAUGGAAUAUGUGCAGCGCUCUCAACCUACCUACGGUACAUUGACCUAUACAACGGAGAAGGGUACCAAAAAGGCCUUGUUGCAGCUGAUCAUCUUCUAUAUUUACUUGACAGCCGUAACCUUGGUUGGCAACGCACUGCCCACACAUCACCAGCAUUAUUUUACUAUGAGCCUGCAGGAACUACUUAAGAGAACUGCGUAUACGUCAAAAAAUACAACUAUAUCUUUCGAUACGGUGAUUACAAUACCAGAUUUCUGGGAUUAUAUGGAAUUUAUGAUCCUGCCCUUGCUGCAUGGCGUCGUCUAUGAUGAAAGCGUUAAAUGGCAGCCAAGUUUAAUUAGCAAUAGACCCACCUUGUAUGGUCGUUUAUUUCUAAAUGAAAGUUUACUACUUGGAGCACCGAGACUACGACAGAUUCGUGUUAAAAGUAACACUUGCCAUGUGCAUCAGGCAUUCGCUCGAUACUAUAACACAUGUAUGGCGGCAUAUUCGGCUGACAAGGAGUUAACGGAGCCGUUCUAUAUGGGGACUAAGUUUAAAACAAUGGAUGAGCUAAAUGCCUUGCCUAUCCAGGGAAGAGUGCAUACCUAUCACAGUGGAGGGUAUGUGCGACCAUUGUCAUACAAUAAGGAUGUAAAUAUGGGCCUCAUACGACACCUUAAAGAAAUUGAAUGGUUGAAUCGUGGUUCACGGGUUGUUGCGUUUGAAAUUAAUAUGAUCAACUUAAAUAUGGGUCUGCUAAUAGGCACUAAAUUAAUUUUCGAGAUAUUACCCACCGGCCUUAUAAAUGCAAAAUAUGACUCGAAAUCCAUUUAUUCGAAUCCUGUGAUCACCUCGUCUGGUGGAUUCAUUUUGGGAUGCGCCGUUGUCGUAUAUGUUAUCAAUUUUUAUUAUACCUACGUCGAGAUCAAGAAACUCUAUCUGAAAGGCUAUAAGACUUUCUUUACAAUACAGGCAGUAUUGAAUAUACCUAGUAUAGGUAUAAUUUAUCUGUCGCUCAUUUAUACAAUCUAUUUCGGUAUUUAUAAGCGCAUAAUCGAUGAGAAGAUUAACGCUGUAACUUACCAUUUUAUUUCAUUGGAUUACUUGAUACUGACGUAUUCGUUUCAUGAGAAUGCUUUCGGAAUCUUGGUGUUUCUUACCUGGAUGAAUCUGCUUAGGUUUAUGGACUUUAAUCCCGUUCUACGAAACCUUGGCGUUGCUAUGCAGAUCGCUUCGGCUGACUUGGUGGCCUUUGCCGUCAUGUUCCUCAUUGCGUUUAUUGCCUAUGGAAAUCUUGGCCUACUCCUUUUUGGUUCCGAGAACGAAGAUUUUCGAAAUUUUCCAACUGCCUUCUUAACAAUGUUGCGCUUGUUGGUUACUGAUUUUGACUACUUUCAAUUGGAGCAUGAGUCCAAAAUAUUGGGUCCCAUAUUCUUUUUGACCUACAUAUUGUUGAUAUUCUUCGUAAUAAUGAAUAUGUUUUUUUCCGCUAUCGUAUUAUCAUAUCGAACAGCCACAACGGCGGUUGGCUUCCAACCGUCAUUCUUGUGGUAUUAUAUAAGAAAGCAAUUAUUCAGGGUGUCUUUUGGGCUUUUCAAGGCACCUCGUUAUCCAGAAUGGGCUGCUGCACAUGAGUUAAACCAGCCGCUCGAUGAAAGCAAGCUUGAAGAAUUGCUUCUCAUUAAGGAAAAUACGGAAAUCGAGUCAGAUCUGGGCUUCCUACUCUCUCGUCUGGAUAUGAUUGAGGACGUGUUUUAUCGUCUUCAUAAUAAUAUUGGAGAUAUAAUAACCGCUGCGAAAAAUCAAAAGAAAAGAAAAGAAAAAAUGAAGCCAAAUGAUAAUGCAUAAAACCUUCGUUGUUAUUAAUCGAAUCCAACAUAAAAGAAUGAAACUGGCUUUCGCCAAAAUAUGAACCAUAUGAUUCUCAUUUCUCUCUGAUCGAUCACAGAUUUAGAACAACUAACAACAAAUCUAAUAAAAACACUUUGCCAGCAUAUUUUGUUGAUCAUGCUAAGCGCCAAUAUAUAUUCUCUUGUUCACUUUAUAUACAGAGUAUAAUUAUCAUUAGCCUCCUUAUCAGUGCUUAACCCGGCAGCACAAACAUUUACAAUACCGGCCAUAUCUAAACAACGUAAGGUUAGCUAGCAUACGAUAGAAUGGAGCUUUUGCGUCUAUUUCAGCUGUAGACCUUUCGACCUUCAUAUUCUUGAUUUAUAUUAAAAUAACAUCCGAAUAUAAGAUGAGAUGCGAAUAACUAUUAUGAGUUUGAAGAGCACGUCAAGUUUUUUCAAAUAAAUGUUUUUGGCCAUGAUUGUAUUUAACUAAGUAUGGAUCCCUAAUCGGCUUUUAAAGUAAAAAUACUGUAAAUUACAAAUGACUAGUUGCCAAGGUAGCGAAAAUCCUUAUCUAAUAGAGGUUCAGCCAUUAGAUUAAUAAGCACUGAAAUUUAAUUAAUUUUAUUGCUGCCGUCUAAUGUAACCGAAAGCAACUUCAUAUCUCUUGCGUUUAUGGACUUAGUUUACUGAAACCUGCAUUGAUAUUUAUUUUCUCCUCAACUUGCGGUACAUAGAAUACACAUAAUAUAUUAAAUACUAUUAAGUAUAUAUUUAGACUUUAUCUAGACUUGUCAUUUCUAAUAAAUUUCAUAUAUUUUCAGUACAACCAUGUGUCAUAGGACGCCGGCCAGGGCGUUGCGUCCACAUAGCUGGGAAAACUGCUAAGGAACUUCUUAAAAUCUUCAGUAUGCAACUCCUUGUGGUGUAUCCAAU